AUGGCCCACCGGGAUUCAUCCUUUACGGAAGCUUGUGAUAUCACCGAAAAGGCAUGGAAAACAGCUGAAGCUCAAAUCUCUGCUUCAGGAUUGAGGCAACGGUUCCAUAGACAACAUGAACCGAUGAAAUGUGAAAAACAUAUGAAGGAUACCAUUGAACAACUGAAAAACCUACAUGGACUGCUGUCAAACAUUCAUGCUCCACAUAGAGAUUCAAGUCUGUAUCAAUAUUUUUCCGACUUUCGCACGAAAUUUUUUACUAAUUUGACCAAAUUAUUGGGUCAUUUCGAGUUGUACGUACGAAGUGGAAGUAGACAUUUUGAAGAGGAAACAUUUAGCAUGUAUACUUCUUUCCUCUAUCACAUGUACGUUCUGUGCUUCAAAGAUUACUUCAGCAUUUUUAUUAACGUUAUUACCGUUGUUGUGGCGGUUCGCAGUGAUGAAUUUUGGAAUCACUUCCGUAGAGAAUUUCCCGAUGUGAAUGAGGAACAAAAUGCAUUGAUUGAUACCAUUGGCUUCUCGUCUCCAGACUAUGUUUCUAAAUAUGAUUUGGAUAUUUUUACAAGACUUUUUGGGCCUUGGCCUUUUCUUACUCGGAUCUGGCGAAGGCUGGUAAAUCAUCCUGGUUACCAAAAAUAUGGAACAUUUAACACCACGUUCGAUGUACUUGACGGAUACAGAACGACCCCAGGAAGUCAAUCGAAGUUGUCAAAUCAGUCAUCGAUAUUUAUUCACUCCCUGGCGCUUAUUUUGACUCACUUUUUUUCGUUUAGCUAUACAUAUCGCAUCAGCAUGAGUCGUAAUGGAUAUUGGUCUAUAGGCUAUGUGUCCGCCGAAGGGAAAAUCACUCAGGUAUUGUGCUUUACUUCACCGAUGUCGGAGUAUCUCUGCACUGGAAAACAGCAAGGCCUCUUCAAAUAUCCGAAGGGCCAAGCUUGUUUGGAUGAUCUUUCUGAUAUAUCCAAUAUGAGGAUCAAGGUAGAAUUGCAACGUCAUCCAGGAGAGGAUGGGAACUUAAUGACGUGCAAGAUUUGUAGAGUCAAUCAAAGCGACACACGGUUGGAGCCCUGCGGUCACUUCAUUUGCAACAAUUGUUGUCGGAGGAUACAGUCUUCAGCCUUGUGCUAUCAAUGCAGCAGUAAAAUUCUGUGCACAACUCCGAUUGAAAUUCAAAUCAAAGCGAUUGAUGCGAGAAAUUCAUUUGCGGAAACCGAUAAAGGCGAGCAAGGCUCAUCUAAGGCCUUUAUUGGUGCCAGCAAUCCAAAUGUUUGAGGUAGAUCCAAGAAUCAGGACCUAUUGCAGGCAGCUGAAAGAGUUGCAGCUGCCUGUGGUCGUGACCAAGAGGUGGUGGAAGUGGACUUGCGCAUCCUGUAUGAUGAUGGAUUUGAGUUGGACCAAGUUGCCGAUGCUCUCAUUUCGGCCGGUGGUGACCGCAGCAAAGCAAAAGGCUUUCUGCAAAAGCAGUGA